CGAGAACCAUGGACUACUCGUACUUGAACCAGGCGGCAGCAGCCGCGGCUGCGGGUUUCGAAGCCUCGAGCUGCGCCUUGGCCGCAAGCGAGAUGCAGUGCGCCGGUUACGGGGAUCUCGGCUCCUGCUCUCAGAUGAGCCAGGCAGCUUACCGGUACACGGCCGCGCGGGCUGCCGCCGGAUAUCCGGGUAAUGCCGGGACCGGUGGCGGGGGCGGGGCCGGAGGUCAGGGACUUGGCGCUCACCACGCGGCCCAUCCUCACGCACACGCGCACCACGCUGGACACGCGGGUGCCUGCUCAGUCAUGGCCGCGAGGAGUCAGGACGUCGUGCAUCGGCACGCAGCCUCCAUCUUCCCCUCGGCCAUCAAUCUGCAGGGCGGUCUUGGAUACAAGGCGUACGCCGGUCACGACGGCCUCGCGGAGAAGCGCAAGCAGCGCCGUAUACGAACGACGUUUACGUCGGCCCAGCUCAAGGAGCUCGAGAGUGCCUUUCAGGACACGCACUACCCCGAUAUCUACACGAGGGAGGAGAUCGCACUGAGGAUUGAUUUGACGGAGGCCAGGGUGCAGGUUUGGUUCCAAAAUCGUCGCGCCAAAUUUCGCAAGCAGGAGCGUCUCGCCCAGCAAAAGUCCGGAUCCUCGCAGUCCGGAGGCUCAACUAUCGACGGAGGCUCAUCCGCAGGGGGUGGGGCUCCCAGUCCACUGUCCGGUAACGUGAAAGCCGAGGGUCACUCGCCCCGUAGCCCAGCAACCCCACCGAGCAGUAAUACAGAAGUGAAACCAAUCGCCAAUCAGAAUCUGCUUAGUGUCAAGCACCAGCAGCAACAGCAGCAACAGCAGCAACAGCAGCAACAGCAGCAACAGCAACAGCAGCAACAGCAACACCAGCACAGCGAGGCCCACACCGGGGACACGGGAAAUUCGCCCAACGGGCGGGUGGGUGGCGGUGCCUGGGGUUCAUGCAGUCCUCGGCCCUUCUCCGCGGCUCUCCCGCCCUAUCUCCUCGAUCCCCUGCCUCUCAAGACGGCGAAUCUCUAUUGAAGAUACUUCUCGAGGGCACCUGACGUCUACAGUCCAUUAAUU